CCUGUUUGCACAAAACCAGCUUUAACUUACUAGGCUGCGGUGGUAUAACGUUCAAUGUGAAGAGAAAAAAGUUAUUAGACUUUAAUCGUUUAAAAUUUUUUUUUUAAAUAUACUCUUUGAAUAUAUUAAAAGACCAAUUCUGCAUAGACAACUGGUGAUUGUCCCUGAAAAUGAAGUGGCCACUAAUCCUCCUCCUUGGCAGCUCCUUGGCUCAAACUGCCUUGGGCUGGACAUAUCAUCUCUUACGUACAACCAUGAACUGGACCCAGGCUCGACAGCAUUGCAAGACAAAUUACACAGACAUGGUGGUCAUCCAAAGCCAGGAAGAGAAUGACUAUCUUGUCUCCCUGCUGCCCAACAGAAAAGGGAGUCCAUAUUAUUGGAUUGGAAUCACCAGAAACCACAAGAAUGAAACUUGGACCUGGCUUGGGAAUAACAGCACAUGGAUUGGUAAUGAGUCGUGGGCAGAGAACGAGCCCAACAACAACCACAGCACAGAGUUCUGUGUGGAGAUCUACGUCAAAACAGGAAAUAACAGAGGGAGGUGGAAUGAUGAAAAAUGCUCUAAUAAGAAAUACCCAGUUUGUUACAAAGCCCAGUGCAAUGCAGCAUCAUGUGGCAGAGGAACAUGCCGAGAGACAAUCCAAAACAUAACCUGCCACUGUCAACCAGGUUUUAAGGGAGACAGGUGCCAAACAGCUGUGAAAUGUCCCCAUCUGCCCCUGACUGAUAACGGAGACUUUAGCUGCUCGCGAGGAAACCAGACAUUCAAUUCAACCUGUCAGCUAAAAUGUCACCUAGGCUUCCUGCUGACAGGCCUGCCAGCCAUUACCUGCAGGGCCAAUGGGGUCUGGAGUGGCCCAAGACCGACUUGUACAAGCUAUAAACACGCUCUCUUGGCUGUGGCUGGGUGUGGCGCCCUCUCCGCCUUGUGCUGCAUCUGCUUUUGCUGGAUGAAACGCAGAAAACGGAAGAAACUUACCCAAGUAAGGCAGCCUGAAGAAGCGACAGAUCCAUCCAGUGAGGUGCAUGGAUAAAGGAUAACUGGACCCUCAUGUACUGUAUGUCUCAUUAAAAGAGAUAUACAAAGACCAAAAUGCAGUUGCUCAUCUUAAUUACAGUGCACUUUUGAAAAAUAAACCGUCUGCACAGGCAACAUGCCAAGAUAUGCUUGAUUUUUUGGUUAAGAUUUUUUUUGCCUGAUAUAAUGUGGGUUAAAUCUUAAUUUGAAUAUAUUGCAUGAAUAGAUUGUGUAAUCUCAAAACAUUCCUAACAUUAUAACACAUUUCCUUUGUACCUUUGUUAAAGAUAAAAAUUUAAUUCAAUAAAAUUCUUUUCAAAAACUGUA